GCUCCUCUAUUCUUCGAGACGGCUCCACCCUCGCAACUCGUAGUCCACACCUCUCUUCUUGGCUUCCUGCCUUCCACCAAAUCUUCUCUCCAUUACUAUCCCAUCAUCCUUUCUUUUCCCAUCUCCAUUUCAUCGAGUAAUUUAAUAUGACACCUCUCAAGUUACCAACUAUAUUAUUAAAAGGAUCAUUAUUUGCACCUCAACCUUCCUUGCCUCCGCUGCUCUACGUGCUUCUUCUAACUCGCAGAACCCAGGAGGAGGAGGAGGAGGAGAGGGGAGGAGGCGACGGAUAUGAAGAUGUCUUUGCUUCAGAAUCAGAUCAGCCGCCGCGGAAGCGGCGGCGGCUACCGGCCUCUGGAUGCCGGUGGCGGCGCAGCGCAGACCGACGGCAUCCUCCGCUCGCCAUCCGCCCUGUUCUGGAUCGUCCUCCACGGCCUCUGCUGCAUCAUCAGCCUCGUCCUCGGCUUCCGCUGCUCCCGCCUUGUCUUCUUCUUGCUCUUCUCCUCCCCUUCCACCUUCACGACCUCCUCCACAGCAACUGUCUUCACCUCCGCCCCCAUCCUCCACACCACCACCACCACCAUGACCACCACCACCACCACCACUACGACCACCACUACCCGCACCGAGACGUUGGCCCUCUCUCUCCCCACCCCGCCCCCGCCUCCUCCUCUGGCGGAGGCGUCCCUCGCGGUGGCCAACAAGACGCGGAGCCGCGUGGUGGUGGGCCGGCACGGGAUCCACAUCCGGCGGUGGCCGCACCCGGACCCGGAGGAGGUGGUGCGGGCGCACUGGAUCAUCGAGCGGGUGCAGCGGGAGCAGCGGCUGCAGCACGGCGUGCGGACGCCGCCCCGCCCGCUCAUCGUCGUCACCCCGACCUACGUCCGCACCUUCCAGGCGCUCCACCUCACCGGCCUCCUCCACACCCUUCUUCUCGUUCCCUACCCGCUCACCUGGCUCGUUGUCGAGGCCGCCCCCACCGGCGUCCCCUCCAACGACACAGCCGCCUUCCUCGCCCGCUCCGGACUCCCUUACCUCCACAUCCGCUUUCCCGAGCUCGUACCUGACAACUGGCCCGACCGCCGCCUCACCGAAGCCCGGAUGCGCCUCCGCGCCCUCAGAGUGGUGGGGGAGAGGAGAAUGGACGGGAUCGUGGUGUUCGCGGACGACAGCAACGUGCAUAGCGUCGACCUGUUCGACGAGGCGCAGAAGGUGAAGUGGAUGGGCGCGGUCUCUAUCGGAAUCCUAGCCCACUCGGGGCGAACCGAGGCGGUCGGCGACCCGGAGCUGAGCGAGGAGGAGGACAAGGAGGGGAACUCUCCUGUGCCCAUCCAAGGCCCGGCCUGCAACUCCUCCGGCGACCUGGUCGGGUGGCACACCUACAAUGCUCUGCCGCACACGGGCGCCGCGUUCGUCGGCGCGGGCAAGACCAUGCGGGCGGCGAAGAUGGAGUGGGCCGGGUUCGUGCUCAACUCGAGGUUGCUGUGGAGGGAGGCCGAGGGGAAGCCCGAUUGGGUUCGGGAUCUCGAUGCGGUGGGCGAGGACGGGGAGGAGAUCGAGAAUCCGCUGGCUCUGCUGAAGGAUGCCUCCUUCGUCGAGCCUCUGGGGAAUUGCGGGAAGAAGGCCCUGCUCUGGUGGCUCCGCGUCGAAGCUCGCUACGACAGCAAGUUCCCACCAGGAUGGGCAAUAGAUUCUGCUCUGGAAAUCACGGUUGCUGCAAAGCAAACUCCAUGGAUCGAUUCACCUCCUGAGCUUCCAUCUGAAAUGAUGGCGAUCGAUCAAGAUAUGUUUGGGAUGAAAUUUUCAAGGAAGAGCAUGCCAUCGUGGACUAGUCACAUUUCUCAUGACAAAGAGAAGCACGAUUCAUCAUCGGUUGAUGCAGACCAAAACUAGUAGAUGAAAUGGCACCAAAGCGUGCCAGAGAGGUCUGUGUAUAUGAAUUUUAGAUAGUUCUCGAUCGUUCCUGCAACUUGUUUGCUUCGAAAAGAGUAACAUCAACUGUUGAUGACCAGGCGUUUUUCCAGCUUCGCUGCAAGAACUAUACAAACACAAUGGAUUGCAGCCUUUGAUGACUC